AGUUUCGUAACCCGUGUGUUACGUGAGACCUCAAGCUGCACCGCUAGGGAGGCAGGAAAAGAGAAAAGCGCGUCUUUGCUUCUUGGAUUACGCUUUGGAGCAGAGAUGAGCAGCACAGAGGCCACCAAGAGACGCACACAGCCCAGCACCAAUGGCAAAUCCUCUAAGAAUCACGUGGAGGAGCCAGGGCAGUGGGGAAGAGCAUGGGAGGUGGACUGGUUCUCCUUAAUGAGCGUCAUCUUCUUGCUCUGCUUUGCCCCCUUCAUUGUUUUUUACUUUAUAAUGGCGUGUGACCAGUACCGGUGUUCUGUGACUGAGCCGAUAUUGGACCUGAUCACCGGUGAGGCCACGUUGCGCUCCAUCUUUGAGCGCUCGCCCUCCUUCACAUGGUCUGCUGCCAAAGUGUAUGCCAUCUGGGUCUCUUUCCAGGUGUUCUUGUAUAUGUGUAUACCGGAUUUUCUUCACAAAAUAAUCCCAGGAUAUGUUGGUGGGGUCCAGGACGGAGCACGUACACCUGCAGGUCUCAUAAACAAAUACGAGAUCAACGGUCUGCAGUGCUGGCUCAUCACUCAUGCACUGUGGUUUGCCAAUGCCCACUACUUCCACUGGUUCUCUCCCACAAUCAUCAUUGACAACUGGAUCCCCCUGCUGUGGUGCACCAACAUACUGGGCUAUGCUGUGUCCACCUUCGCUUUUGUAAAGGCCUAUCUGUUCCCCACCAAUGCAGAAGACUGCAAGUUCACCGGAAAUAUUUUCUACAACUACAUGAUGGGUAUUGAGUUUAACCCACGGAUUGGGAAGUGGUUUGAUUUUAAGCUCUUCUUCAACGGUCGACCGGGAAUUGUGGCCUGGACUCUCAUCAACCUGUCCUACAUGGCCAAGCAACAGGAGCUAUACGGACACGUCACAAACUCCAUGAUCCUAGUUAAUGUUUUACAGGCUAUUUAUGUCUUGGAUUUCUUCUGGAACGAGGCGUGGUACUUGAAGACCAUUGAUAUCUGCCAUGAUCACUUUGGAUGGUACCUGGGCUGGGGAGACUGUGUGUGGUUGCCAUAUCUUUACACGCUGCAGGGCUUGUAUCUGGUCUACCACCCUGUCCAGCUGUCCGACGCCCACGCCCUUUCAGUCCUGCUUCUGGGCCUGGCUGGUUACUACAUCUUCCGCUCCACCAACCACCAGAAGGACCUGUUCAGACGCACAGAGGGAGCCUGCACCAUCUGGGGAAGAAAGCCCUCCUACAUUGAGUGCUCUUAUCGCUCAUCAGAUGGUGGGGUACACAAAAGCAAACUUCUCACCUCUGGAUUCUGGGGUGUGGCCAGGCAUUUUAACUACACGGGGGACUUGAUGGGGUCACUGGCCUACUGUGCAGCUUGUGGAUUCGGUCACCUGCUCCCAUACUUCUACAUUGUUUACAUGACCAUCCUGCUUGUUCACCGAUGUGUGAGGGAUGAGCAUCGGUGCAGCAGUAAAUAUGGUAAAGACUGGAAAAAGUAUACAGAUGCAGUACCUUACCGGCUUCUCCCAGGAGUGUUUUAGGAUGAUAAAGACAAUUAGUAAAUUACAAAAAAUAUAUAAUUGGAUAAAUGACACCAGCUAUUCACAGUCAUCACUGCCUUUUAUACCUAAGUUACCGCAAUAAACAAAUGUACUUGUGUUACAUUGUGAAAGCUAUUUUGCUGCUGCAGUUUAGUCAAAUACAAUAUUGGGGUAUUUGCAUUCCACUUCAGAGAGUUCUCUCUUCAUGCAAAAACUGUGACUGAUAUAACACAUGCUUAUUUUUGCCACAGGUAAUUUUAAGUGACUGAUGAGAAGUAUUAGGGUUGACAUUAGGAAGAAAGUAUAUAUAUAUAAAAUAGUAUAAAAAUACUAUACUAACCCAUUUUGCUAUGUAAACUAAAUAUACUUUUCAUAGGCGAUUCAGAAAAAAGUGAACCGCAGAAAUAGUGCUGUUUAAAUUCCCUCAUUUCCUGCUGACUGUAUAUGUCCAAACACAAUUGUAUUUGUGGGUAAACAUGUAUUUUUCUAACUCUGCCUUUAUACUGCCAAUA